AUGCUGCAACUACUCAACCAAAACGGCAUCCUAACGAGCGCCGGGGCCAUUCUCACCGUAUCUACCGCUCUGCUUUACGCCGUGAUUCAAUCUAUUGUCAAGAGUACAAAGCGUGCACCUAGGGGUUGUCGAAGGCUAGGCCUCCCAAAAGGUCAAAGCAACCUCUACGACGAAUUUGACUCAAAGUACAGCAGUGGCGUGCCAGAAUCCAGUGCAGACGAGCAAGGCCUCCCAGCAUGGCGUGUCAAAGCACUCUUCACAUACCCGAUCAAGAGCUGCACGGGCGUGGAACUCGUGGAGUCCGAUGUUGUGUCAACAGGAUUCGCAUUUGACAGGCAAUUCUGCUUCGGCGAGCUAGACGAGACAAGAAAUUGGAUUGCGAGAACGCUGCGCAAUAAGGGCUUCAACAGACUCGCUCUCGUUCGUCCGGAGAUCUGGGUUCCGGAUCUUGAUAUGCAGGGGUAUAGUUAUGAUCUUGAGGAGGUGAGAUCUGGUGGCGUGAUGGUGGUAUACUAUCCCCGUCCGAGUUCAAGUCCUCGUCACGGUGCUGCUUGGAACGCCAUAUACUCAACCAUCAUCAAGACCGGAAUGUAUUUCGGCCUCAUACCAAACGAAACGUCAUUUAUCGUUCCUCUCUUCCCAUCUACAGACUCUAAAGGCCCAAACACAAACCAAAAGUCUGGCCUCCCCCUCACAAACGUCAAAAUCUGGAAAGACAACCCGUUAGCUUACAACUACGGGCAGUACAUCCCGUCCUCAUUCCACGACUUCCUGUCCGAGGAGUUCCCCGAAUCUAACAACAGCACGCGCAACAAACACAGCUCCGCCAGCAUCAAAAACCGUCAAGUCACUCUCUUCCGCGUAAACCCCUCGCACCCCCGCGAAAUCUACCGCAACGCGCCCCGAAAGGAAGAACUAGGCUUCCAGCCCACAACGGGCUUCGCGGACGCUUACCCAAUCCACAUCCUCUCGCUGUCCAGCGUGCGGGAUGUCAAUGCGCGUUGUGCUAAGGAUAUCCAGCAUCUGAGCAUCCGCCGGUUCAGAGCGAAUGUCAUUGUCCAGGGGCCUGCGGCUUUUGAAGAGGAUGAUUGGAAGGUUAUCCGUAUCUCCCCAAGCACAGUAAAAGCAAAGGCAUCUGGUGAAGAAGAUAACGAUGGUCAGGAGAAGGAACUAGUGAUCCACACAGCCUGCCGCACAAUCCGGUGCAAACUGCCCAAUGUCAAUCCGGACACAGGGAUUCGGCACCCGUCUGAACCGGAUCGCACGCUGAAGAGUUAUAGGAAGAUUGAUCAGGGCGAUCUAACGAAUGCUUGUUUGGGGAUGCAGGGGGUUCCAGCUGUUAGAGAAUCACGCAUUCGAGUAGGUGAUAAGAUUUCCGUUGUGGAGACUGGCGAGCAUCGUUAUAUCAAGAUGUUGGCGCCGGGGGAGGUCGUGGAGGGGGUUUGA